GCGUUGAUGAUUUAAUGGACCAAAUUAAUUUCCCCUUGGCUGACAGAGGACUGUAAACUUGGGUGAAAGUCUAAAAGAACGUAUAAAACAAAAUGGCAUCAGCAAGAGAAUCAGGGCGUUUGAAAGAUGCAAAUCAGAAAAGGAUUCUAGAUGAAGCAGCCCGCCGAAGAAGAAUGAGAAAAGCACUGGAAGCUCUAGAACAAGACAAUUUCCACGACGAUCCCCAUGCUGAUUUGGUGAUGAGCAAAAAGGUUCCAAAAUUCCAGGAAACUUUAGAAUCUAGAGGUGGAAGAAGGAAGAAAGCACGCAGUGCAGAAUACUACAAACAGAGAUUUCGCAAAACUUUUGCACAGCUGGUAGAAGAAGAUCAAAACUACAAUCCAGAUCCACCAAAUUACAUGUCAGCUCAAGCUCCACCAUCUAAAGUCCCUGAAAGACAUUUCUGUGCUGUGUGCGGUUUCACAAGCAACUAUAAGUGUAUUCCAUGUGGAGCCAGAUAUUGUAGUGUAAGAUGUCUUGGCACUCACUUGGAUACCAGAUGCCUGAAAUGGACUGCAUAAAUAUGUUGUAAUGUAACUGUAUGAACAUUAUCUGAUAUGUAAUUCAAAGUAAAAAUGAACUUCUAUUGCUAAAAUUA